AUGUACAGUCACAAUGGCAACUUCCCCUUUGUUUGUCAAGUUUGCCACAAGGGCUUCCCCACCAAGUUUCGAUUGAGGAGUCAUGAUGGCAAACAUGGUGAAUUUUCCAUGCAUUCGAGCAUUUCCCAACACUCAGAAGGCAGAGAAGGCGAGUCCUCCAAUACACCACCUACCUCGAUGCGUGUGCACCGUCCAAGUGAACCAAGUACUUCACACGCCAACUACAGAGCAGAUGACCCAACUGAUGGCACUGACACCCGCCAAUCACCAAUCAAAAUGGCUCUCUUUACCCACUCGCUCAUCAACGAACCCACUUCGUCUUCACCUCAACUCGCCUCUCAGCCUACUCCCUCUCAUGAAGAAGAAGAAGAAGAAGAUCGUUCCUAG